CUCCAACCGUGUCACCAACUAAAUUCUUAAUCACAUUUUAGUAAUAUUUAUCGACUCACCUUCAUCCCCUUUCAAAAUCCAUAUUCAUGCUAUCUAAAGUCAGACUCGGCUCGCGGGUGGCCUUUUCUAGACACAACUUCCGACGCUCCGGAGCUUUAUCUCAGGUUCCGUCCGCGUCUCCGACGAAUCGAAGUUAUACUCAACUCUCGGAUAUUGCCAACUCGGAUUCCCGCAAACAGGCCGAACAGGCCGAACAGCACAUUUCCCGUGUUAAGUCAGUAGUAGGCGAUAUCGACUUAGAUUUGUUUCGUAGAAUCGCAUGGGUUCCUGAAACUCCGUUGCUUCUUAGAAACUUCCAUAAUUUACCUGCCAUACGAAAAUGGUUUCAGCACGGCACUGAUGGUUCUCAUACCAGCUUCACACAGUACAUGCGACCCUAUGAAGAUCUCAUCUUACCAUAUGAGUUCACUGUUCCCCAUCCUUCUCCCGAAGGAGAGGGCUCAGAGGGCAAUGCCUUGGCAUGUUUUCAAACAUGGCUUCUUGGGUCCAAUGAGUAUAAGAAGUCGCAUUUACCAGUGAUCAUUGAGGCUAUGAUUAAAUCUUCAACUGACAACAGCCCUUUUGGAAUUUCCUCAGAUUUCCAGCAAUUCAAUGCACCCCUAAGUUUGAUUAUGAGCGCAUCUCAGUUCAAUGACACUCAAAGUGAACCCUCUAAGCGCAUCACAAAUCUCUAUGUUGCUCAAUCUAAUCUGAACGACCUACCUAAAUCCUUUUUUCAGGACUUACCUGUGCCUGAUAUUGUCAAAUGUGCCGGCAAGGGAGAUAUAUAUAGUUCGAGCAUCUGGCUUGGAUUGCAGCCCACAUAUACCCCUUUACACCGAGAUCCAAACCCUAAUUUGUUCUGCCAGCUGGUAAGCUCAAAAAGAAUACGUCUUAUGGCACCAGACCAAGGCGAUGACAUAUAUGCUCGCGUCCGCAGAGUGCUUGGCUCGUCAGGUAACUCGCGAUUCAGGGGCGCGGAAAUGAUGGAAGGCCGCGAACGCGAAUUACUUCAUCAUGCGGUCUGGGAUGAAGACACGAUAGAUGAGGUAUCUUUAAACCCUGGCGAUGGCCUAUUCAUCCCCAAGGGGUGGUGGCAUAGCGUUGCUAGUAGUGGCAAGGAGGGCGAGUUGAAUGCUUCAGUCAAUUGGUGGUACAGAUAGCCACUACAUUUUCUACACUCCAAAACCGAAUAAAAGAAAAGUAUAAUAAGUAUUACUUAAUCCCUAUACCAUGCUCUAUGAUAUACCUCUCGCUAAAGUGAAAUCUAGAUGGUCUCCAUUCACGACCUACUCCGACUAGUAGGUUGGUAGAGCCUUUCCCGAAAUCAAUUUCGCAAGUAGAAUGUUUUCAAGGUCACUUCUUAGAUAUUCUAUAUUCAUAGCCCUAAACAUGUCCAAUGAUGAGUUCCAAUGAGGUUCAGGGUGUAAGAUAUCAAACGACUCAUCUUACCACAAUAGUAAAAUAAGGGCGGCUGUAACCCAAUGCGAUAUGAUGCUUACAUUCCAAUGUUUAU